AUGUUUUUUGCACUGUUCACAGCGCUAAAUUGCAUACUCUAUUUAAAUGCGCAAUACGUUGGACAACCAACAACUACCGCUGAUGUCAAAGGUGUUUUGAAACAUUCUCUUAAGUUAACAUGUGUAUAUCAAGGUGUUGGCGAUGGUGAAUUUGAAGAGUGGUAUAGAGAUGGUUUCCCUGUAAGUCAGGAAAAGCCCGGUCAUUAUGCUGUUGACAAUAAAGAAGGGGAAUCGACUUUAACAAUUAAGAUUUUCGUACGAAGUGAUGCGGAUGUGAAACAAUGGUAUGUGAAAACAAAGAAAGCCGGUCAAGAAGAACCACCAGCUUGUAGAUUUGGCCAGAUCGCAUUGAAAGCAUCGCCACAAGGAAUAGAAACAGAUCGAGCAAAUGAAAAAUUAGACUCUGCACACGGAUCUCUUCGACGUAAUGAAGAGCAAUCAAUCACAUUAAAAUGCAUAGUUGAACCGAAAAAUCUCAGCAAUGGAAAUAUUGUGGAAUGGAGAUACAGUCCCGAUCAUCAUUUGUACAAUGACUUACCAGAUGGCGUCAAAAUUGAAAAUAAUGAAUUGGUUAUUGAGCAAGUCAAGAAAAUUCAUCGGGGUUAUUAUAGUUGCGAACUGAAUGAUGUCAAAUUUAGCGUUUUACUACGUGUCAAAGAUCGAUUAGCAGCACUUUGGCCAUUCCUUGGUAUUGUCGGUAUUGUCGUUGUUCUCGUCGCUAUUAUAUUGAUCUUCGAAAAGCGACAAAAGUCAAAUAAACGAGCAGCCGCUACCGACGACGAUGAUCAAGAUCAAGCAAACGAUCCAUUGGUACGAACAACAACGAAAUCAUCAGAUAACGACAGCAAGAAGCGUACUGUCAAAGCAUAG